AUGGUCCCAAUUAAACCGGUUAUAUUUAAUGUCCAAUAUCCAAGUGGACGUGGUUUUGGUGCAACACCGCAUAUUGGUGUUGUAAUGCCACAAUGUAAAAUAACCAUUUAUUGCACAUUUCGAUCGGAACGUGUUUCUCGGAUACCUGAUGAUGGUAUUUAUAUUUACAGUAUUUUUCAAAAAGCUAUUCACAGUGAUAAAUUUAUCGAUGCAUACAGUAAUAAGGAGAAAGAGCGAGUGGCACGAAAAAUUUGGUCACAGCAUCGCGGUGAAUGUUUUGAGUGCCUUCGUCUUCCGGUAGGUUUUGAACCACGACGGCCAGCUAUUCAUGAACAACACAUAGAAUUGUACAGCGAUGAUUUAUCCGGUAAACCUCAACAAUCAACACCGAAACUCUCAAAAGAAGAAAUGCCAACCAGUCAGCUAUUAUCUGCGGAAGAAAUACGUUAA